UUUUCUUCCAGGGAUAUCCAGCUUCAUAGGCAGCACCAUUUUAAGAAGUCGCUUUGUCAGAACAUCUGCUUAACGUUUCAGUGUCGCUGUAAAGAAAGUAUACCAGAAGUCAUUUAGUACUCGUCGUCGUUUUACGACCCUUAGUUAGGAGGAGACGUUUUUCAUCUACCUAAAAGGGACAAAUAACAAAGCCCUCUCGGCCUGGUGGUGUUGGAACAAGCUAGCUCUUUAAGCUAAGUUUAGCAAACUAGCUUUUCUCGACCAAUGCAACAUUCAUUGAGCCUGCAACAGAGUACAAUCAAAAUGAGUGCUGCAUCUUCUCAAAAAGUUGUCCUGAAGAGCACCACAAAAGUGUCCCUGAAUGAGCGCUUCACUAACAUGCUGAAGAACAAGCAGCCCACUGCGGUUAGCAUUCGAGCCACCAUGCAACAACAGCAUAUGGCUAGUGCACGCAAUCGCCGCCUGGCCCAGCAGAUGGAGAAUCGCCCCUCGGUGCAAGCUGCUCUGAGUCACAAACAGAGCCUGAAGCAACGAUUGGGGAAGAGCAACAUCCAAGCCAGGUUGGGUCGGCCAGUUGGCAUGGGAAUGCGUGGAGGUCCUGUCGGUGGCAGAGGAGGAAUGCGUGGGAUGACCAGAGGACUUCGCGGAAGAGGCAGAGGAGGAAUGAUGAGAGGUGCUCUUUCCCUGAGAGGAAAGCGAAUGUCUCCGGGUUUCCCCAUGCGAGGCCGUGGCUCUGCUGGUCGAAUGGCAAUGCGUAGAGGAGGCCGCCAACGUGCAGGAUUUCCUGGCCGAGGGGGGGCUAUGGGGAGAGGAGCACCCCGUGGAGGAGUAUCCAGAGGGCGCGGUGGUCUCCGUGGACGCGGCAGUUUUGCUGGCAGACGUGGCCGUGGCAGAGGUGUUGGCCGACCUUCCAUGACCCGUGAGCAACUGGACAACCAGCUGGAUGCUUACAUGUCAAAGACCAAAGGUCACCUAGAUGCUGAACUGGAUGCCUACAUGGCCCAGGCAGACGCAGAUAGUAUGGAGUGACACUGGACUUGAGUUACUGCGAGAAGUGUAGAGCUCCUUUAACACGUACUGUGUAGUGUUGUUUACUUGUUCUCAGAAAAUGAGGUGAGUCUUUCCAUGAGAGCAUAAAGAGUUCAGGACUCUUUGGACAAGCAGAAAAUCAGUAACACUGAAUGUGCUUUCAUCCACAUAUACUUUCUACAGCUGUUCCUAUGAAGCCCAUUUUGACUUUUAUAAAUCUUGAAGAACUCAGUCGUUUUUUUUAUUUUACGAUGUCCUUUUAAAACCAGUUUAAGGUCUAUUCAUGUGUAACCCACUUUUUAAUUAUAUUUGAGUCACCCUUUUUGACUUUGUUUCUGGCAUUGCAAAUGUUAUGUUUCGACACAUACAAUUUGGUCCUCUAAAGUGUUUUUGUUGCCAAUGUUUCAUAAGUUAUGUCAAAAGAAUGUGUAAACAGCAUUUUUCAGCGAACUAUGAAUUUGUGUGUGUGUGUAAAGGAAGGAUUUUGAGACCUUUUUGCCCUUCA